CAUCCUGGUUACAGUAAAGCUAAGCUAACCAGCCAGCGGUGAGUUCGCUUCUCCCGGGCAGGUCGGCGUUCCUCCUCCUCCUCCCCGGCGGCUUCGGUCCGCGACACACGGACGUUUGAGAGCCAGUGUUUCGAUGUCUUUCAUGGAGAAGCCGAGCCCCGGCAGGCUGCUGCUGGACGACACCGUGCCCCUGACGGCGGUGAUCGAAGCCAGCCAGAACCUGCAGUCCCACACGGAGUACAUUGUCAGAGUCCAGAGGGGCGUGUCUUCAGAGAACAGCUGGCAGGUGAUUCGGCGCUACAGUGACUUUGAUGUCCUCAACAGCAGCCUGGUGGUUUGUGGCAUCGGCCUCCCGCUUCCUCCCAAGAAGCUCAUUGGAAACAUGGACCGGGAGUUCAUCGCGGAGAGGCAGAGAGGACUACAGGCUUUCCUGGACUCCAUUACCCAGCAUCCUUUGCUUUCCAGCUCCCUGACGGUCAAGAAAUUCCUCGACCCAAACAACUACUCUGCCAACUACACAGAGAUCGCCCUGCAGCAGGUCUCCAUGUUCUUCCGGUCGGACCUGAAGUGGGAGGUCCUGGAGCCGCUCAAAGACAACGGCUGGAGGAUCAGGAAGAAAUACGUGCUCAUCAAGAACAAGGAGCAGCCCAAAGAGAGGUAUCUGCUGAGCUGGGUGGAUCUGGGUCCUGACAAGUUCCUGUCCGACAAAGACCUGCAGUCAGCAAUGAAGCUGCUCACCAGCCUGUCUACUCCGUAUCUCUGUCCACUGGUGUUCUCCAGCACCAGUGAGUCCUCGGCUCUGCUCAUCCGGCCCUUCAGUGAGAGAGGCUCUCUGAGAGACCACAUCUAUAAGGUGAAACCCACAGAGAGUUACCUGAAGAAGUACUGCAACCCCAAGAAGAGUCAGGGCCUCCAACUGCAGCACAUCAAGCUGUACGGCCGGCAGAUCCUGGAGGGCCUGAAGCUUCUUCACGGCUCCGGCGUGUUCUUCGGUCACCUGCACGCCUCCAACGUCAUCGUGGACGACGGCGUGUGUCGGCUGAUCGACGUAGAGAACGGCGUGCUGGGCGUCCCCUCCGUGCUGCGACCCGCCUUCGCCCAGCUCCGGAAGAUCAACACCACCGAGAGCAUCGACGUCUUCUGCUUCGGACAUUUACUCUACGAGAUGACGUACGGGCGCCCGCCGGACGGCAUCCCCGUCGAUCAAUACCCCGCUGUCCCCGACAGCGCUGUGGCGUCAGUGCUGCAGUCCAUUUUGUCCACAGAAGCCUGUAAGAACGGGAUGCCCACCGUGUCGCAGCUCAUCCAGACACCGCUCUUCAGUGACGUCCGGCUCCAACACUCAGAAAAGCUCCAGAUCAAAGUUCCCAGCCGGCUAAAAGAGGCGCUGAAGGCUGCGAAGGAGAGUCUGGAGAGGAGGCUGCAGGAGGAGCAGAGAGUGAUCCACCAGCACAGGAGGCUGACCAGAGCUCGCUCGCACCACGGCUCGGAGGAGGAGAGGAAGAGGAGGAAGGUUCUGGCGAGGAAGAAGUCCAGACAGUCGGCUUAUGAAAACGAAGAAGACGUCUCGGUCAGAAACAACAACAACUCUGGUUCUGGAGCCAGUUCCCCUCCCACAUGCCCCUCCUCCCCCACCCCCCCAUCCACCACAGGAGCCCUGACUGCUCCUCCCCCUCCUCCUCCUCUUCCUCCUCCUCCGACGCUGGACUCCUCCUCCUCCUCCUCUCCUCCUCCUCCGUCCUCCUCUGACGCGGCGGGAGGAGGAGGAGGAGGAGGAGGAGGAGGAGGAGGAGGUCGCAACGCCUUGCUGAGCUCCAUCCAGGCCUUCAGUAAGGGCAAACUGAAGAAGGCCGAGGUCGCCGACGGCAACCGACCCGUCAUCUGACCCCGCCCAUCUCCAUCUGACCCCGCCCACCUGACCUCGAACAGGAAGAAGAAAGAAAGGAAAAACGCCACGACGGCGACCCGGGCCGACCCCCGCUGGCUCUGCACUGUGGUCGGGAACGGUUCACAACGUCGCUCCCUUGAGAUGUGAAAAGGAAUCACUAACACACACACAAAAAAAAAGAAAGAAAUUACAAGUACCGUUUUACUUUUUAUUGCUAUUUCUGCUUCUUUUUUUUUCUUUCUUUUUUUUCUCCUGCUGCUUUUACAUUUUUAAAAUCUGUUGCUGUGGUUAGAAAGAGGAGAGGAUGUGGUGGGGGGAGGGGCCACCUCAAUCCUCCCUUAAAAAAUACUCUGGACGGUCCGAGGCGCCGAGCUUUGUGCUUCUCUUCUGCUCGUCAAGGUGGCGGUUGAAUGUUUUUUCCAUUUUAAGUUUUGGAGCCGCUUCGUGGUGAAGUCGAGUCUCCCGGAUCCUAAAUGUCUGAAUGUCGGCGCUCCGGCACCGAUGACGCCGUCUGAUCCAAACUCCGGCUUUCCCCUCUUGGAGAACCUCUCGUGACGCUUCACCGCACAAACAAACAAACAAACAAAAACGACGCAAUCACUCAAAUCAAUGUCGUCAUUUUUGUCUAGAAUUAUGUUCCUAAAAAACACACUUUUCUUAAAUGCAUAAGAACAAUUCUGGGAGAAAACAAACAAAUAAUACACUUUAUUUAUUUUUGUUGCUCACCUUCAAUUAAAGACUAAAUGGAAACGGAAAGAAGAAGAUUUAUACAUCUUUAGAAAAAGUACAAAUGUACUAUAUAUUGCAUAUUUUUUAAGAUGUAUAAAUCUUUUUCUGGAAUUUAUUUUUUUUUUUUUAAAGUUGUGCUCCAAUUUGGAUGCAAACUUGACCGAAUCGUCGUGUAAACAAUCCCAACGUCACGCCGUAGUUCUCACUACGGGGAACCGGAGAGGCCCGACGUGGAACACCUCCUUCUGCCUCUUUAGUUCUCACUACGGGGAACCGGAGAGGCCCGACGUGGAACACCUCCUUCUGCCUCUUUAGUUCUCACUACGGGGAACCGGAGAGGCCCGACGUGGAACACCUCCUUCUGCCUCUUUAGUUCUCACUACGGGGAACCGGAGAGGCCCGACGUGGAACACUUCCUUCUGCCUCUUUAGUUCUCACUACGGGGAACCGGAGAGGCCCGACGUGGAACACCUCCUUCUGCCUCUUUAGUUCUCACUACGGGGAACCGGAGAGGCCCGACGUGGAACACCUCCUUCUGCCUCUUUAGUUCUCACUACGGGGGAACCGGAGAGGCCCGACGUGGAACAGUUCCUUCUGCCUCUUUAGUUCUCACUACGGGGAACCGGAGAGGCCCGACGUGGAACAGUUCCUUCUGCCUCUUUAGUUCUCACUACGGGGAACCGGAGAGGCCCGACGUGGAACACUUCCUUCUGCCUCUUUAGUUCUCACUACGUGGAACCGGAGAGGCCCGACGUGGAACACUUCCUUCUGCCUCUUUAGUUCUCACUACGUGGAACCGGAGAGGCCCGACGUGGAACACUUCCUUCUGCCUCUUUAGUUCUCACUACUGGGAACCGGAGAGGCCCGACGUGGAACACUUCCUUCUGCCUCUUUAGUUCUCACUACGGGGAACCGGAGAUGCCCGACGUGGAACACUUCCUUCUGCCUCUUUAGUUCUCACUACGUGGAACCGGAGAGGCCCGACGUGGAACACUUCCUUCUGCCUCUUUAGUUCUCACUACGUGGAACCGGAGAGGCCCGACGUGGAACAGUUCCUUCUGCCUCUUUAGUUCUCACUACUGGGAACCGGAGAGGCCCGACGUGGAACACUUCCUUCUGCCUCUUUAGUUCUCACUACGGGGAACCGGAGAGGCCCGACGUGGAACACUUCCUUCUGCCUCUUUAGUUCUCACUACGGGGGAACCGGAGAGGCCCGACGUGGAACACUUCCUUCUGCCUCUUUAGUUCUCACUACGGGGGAACCGGAGAGGCCCGACGUGGAACACUUCCUUCUGCCUCUUUAGUUCUCACUACGUGGAACCGGAGAGGCCCGACGUGGAACACUUCCUUCUGCCUCUUUAGUUCUCACUACGGGGAACCGGAGAGGCCCGACGUGGAACAGUUCCUUCUGCCUCUUUAGUUCUCACUACGUGGAACCGGAGAGGCCCGACGUGGAACACUUCCUUCUGCCUCUUUAGUUCUCACUACGGGGGAACCGGAGAGGCCCGACGUGGAACACUUCCUUCUGCCUCUUUAGUUCUCACUACUGGGAACCGGAGAGGCCCGACGUGGAACACUUCCUUCUGCCUCUUUAGUUCUCACUACGGGGAACCGGAGAGGCCCGACGUGGAACAGUUCCUUCUGCCUCUUUAGUUCUCACUACGUGGAACCGGAGAGGCCCGACGUGGAACACUUCCUUCUGCCUCUUUAGUUCUCACUACGUGGGAACCGGAGAGGCCCGACGUGGAACACUUCCUUCUGCCUCUUUAGUUCUCACUACUGGGAACCGGAGAGGCCCGACGUGGAACACUUCCUUCUGCCUCUUUAGUUCUCACUACUGGGAACCGGAGAGGCCCGACGUGGAACACUUCCUUCUGCCUCUUUAGUUCUCACUACGGGGAACCGGAGAGGCCCGACGUGGAACACUUCCUUCUGCCUCUUUAGUUCUCACUACGGGGAACCGGAGAGGCCCGACGUGGAACACUUCCUUCUGCCUCUUUAGUUCUCACUACGGGGAACCGGAGAAGCCCGACGUGGAACACUUCCUUCUGCCUCUUUAGUUCUCACUACGGGGAACCGGAGAAGCCCGACGUGGAACACUUCCUUCUGCCUCUUUAGUUCUCACUACGUGGAACCGGAGAGGCCCGACGUGGAACACUUCCUUCUGCCUCGCGUCAAGACUUUGGCUGCUGAACGCGGCGCAACGUGAAGGCGGCGUGCCGCUGCCUCGCUCUCAUUGGACACCGCUGCCUCGCUCUCAUUGGACACCGCGGCCUCGCUCGGCGACGUCCAACCUGCACUUUCGUGUGUGUGUGAGACUCUGGUCAGACGUCGGUUCUGCGGCUCGUAUCCACGGCGACGAGCCUGGUCGGCUCUGAUUUGUAUUCGGGGUCUGAAAUUCUCCAGCAGCAUCUUUACCGAUUUAUUUGAGAUGUUUUUGGGGUUUUAAAUGAUUUUUAGCUUCUUUGCACCACAAUAAAUGUGUAUUUUUUUUUUUUAUAUAUAUAUAUAUAUAUACCCCCGUUCUGCUGCUUGUGCACGUUUUUGUUUCGGCCCCUGCUGAUCACGUCACACGUCUUGUUUUAAGAUUUUCUUCUUUCUCUGAAAAUGAACUUGCUACAGAGAGAAAAAUCUAUUUUUAUUUUAUUAAUUCAUAGCCGUGUGCUCAUGUUGCAGGGUUCUGGGUUUGAGUUUGUUAAAUAAGCUUUUAUAAACCGGUGUUCUUCUUAAAAUGACACUUUAAAUCUAUUCUCUGUGUGGAAACCCGAUUGGAGGUUGUGGUGUAACUUGGUUCAAGCCUUAAAUAAUCUAGUGGUUAUUAUAAAUUCACGAUAAUAUUACGGGUGUGUUUUUAUCAAUGGAUCUUGAGUUUUCUUCUUUCUUUUUUUUUUUAAAGAUGAGCAAAAGGGACUAAAAGCACAUGACAAGGUUCACUUCUCUCCACCAGCCAGAUAUUCAAUUCAAUUCAAUUCAAUUUUAUUUUGUAAUAUCGGUUAAUAUUCAAGUCAUCAGACCGAACUGGAUCAGAUUAGAUGUGCGCGUGUGUCUUUUUAUCUAUAAAUGCAUCACAAAGGAAUGAUUUUAAAGUCAAUACAUUGAUCUCUCUGCAGCAAGUUUUACACAAAAAAUCACCUGAAAGAAGGAAAUCAAUCGUUUUGUGAAACCAUGGCAACGUCGUCGUCGUCCUUCAUGAGACGUCCGUUGAGGGUUAAUUUCAGACCCUUAUUGUGUUGAUUCCUGUUUUUUUUUUUUUGCUUUUCUUUUAAUUCUGUUGUAUUUUAAUGUCUGUCGUCAUAGAGAUUAUUUUUAUUGUAUUGUGCCAUAUGGAUCUUUUGUGCCUCUGGAAAAAUGAAUGUUUCUUUUUGUUGAAAUAUUGUGUGUGUGAUAUGUUAAUACAGAUAAUCUGUCCGUAUGAGGGUAUUGACACUUUAGCACAGGAUGUUAUGUUAUUGGCCCGAGUUUCUGAUUACUUUUCAUGGUUUGGUCAAUAAAAUAAGGAAAAAUGUUUA